AUGGCAACGGGUGGACGAGUCUCUGCGCUCUCGCGAUCCGAGCAUGAAAGCUAUCUUGGCGCUCUGGCUGCUCUCCGGGAGGAUCCAACCCGCCAAGACGCGCUCGCUGCCAUCGCUGCUCUUCAUCCUGUGGUCGAGCGCGAGCAGGCAGCGUUCCGCAAGGUCAUGGAGCAAGUGUAUGCCCAUGCUGGCCGGUACAACAUCCUGCAUCCGCACGUCCGGUCGACCAUGGCCAGCUAUCUGGCCGCCAGAGCCGCCGCGCAGGCCGAGUGGUACCCAGCAUCGGUGCGGUACUCGGCGGGCGAGACGGUGUAUCUCGGGCGCAAGGCCGGACCGGACACCGGCGAGGCUAGCUUUGAGUGUCUCACCCACCUCGAUCGGCCGUACACCUUUGCGAUGGGCAAGAACGACCCGCUGCCCAUGCCGUGGCACGCGAGCGACGGCGCGCCGCGGAUUCUGCCGCCGAUCUCGCUUGAUACCGAGGCGGAGGGCGCAGCGGCGGCGUUUGAGGCCGACGUGGUCAUUGACGCUGAGACGCUAGAGACGCUGUUUGGCGUGGCCACGCCCAACCGCGAUCCGGCGUGGACGCUGCCUGUAGUGGUUGACGCUGCCGGCGUGGCCUUUGUCGAUCCACCAGCCCUGCCCGCAUCGGUGGACAAGCUCCAUCCGAGGACACUCAACCAGAUGUACUUUGAGGGUGCGUACGAGAGCCUGCUAGCAGCGAACAUUGAGCCAGUUGUUCACUUCCGGUACUCGGGAUGGCGGCUCGGAUCACUGCGGAUGGUUGUCCGCAGCCGCUGCCUCGGCCUCGAUCCGGCGACACCCGAAGCUGUUCUGGGCGCUGCGGUCAAGCUCGAGUACCUGCGACCAAACGCGUGGGAGCACAUGGAGCCGACAGCGGCGAUCAAGCUCAUCGUGCACUCGCUCACCCGCGGGAGCGGCCGGGUCUCACUCGCACACAUUGCGCCGUCGUCCAACACCGUCGAGGCAACUGAGCCGGUCGACGCGUCGUUGGUGGCGUCGGUCGAGAGCUUUGGCGCGGCAUGCGCUCUGGUGGCGGCUGUGCUGGGCAAGGUGGCGCGGUCGCCACAGGGUCGGUGCAUCAUCUCGCACGCGCACCGACACGCGUCGGCGGCCAUCCUUGUCGGCGAUGACGACGGGCCGCAAUCGCUUCAGGGAGCCAUCCACGUGGCACUGGCCGGAUCACGGUCGUCGGUGCCGUACAUCAAGCCGCUCUGGCAGAACGGCUCGGCCAUCGAGGACACAUUCCCUGUCGACGAGCGACUCGACUCGAAGCGAGCGGCAAUCAAGAUCCGGCCGGACGGCUCGCGCUUUGUCGACUGCUGCCACUACUACGCGCGGACCGGAUCGUGUGCCCGCGACGACUGCGUCUUUCCGCACAUCACCGAGGCCGAGGUCCGCGAGCUCUGCGCCCGCCACAAUCUCGAGUGCCCGGCGCUGACUGCCAAGCCGGCGCGCGGGCGGGCCAAAAAAAAGCGCUGGCGUGCGCGCAAGGGCAAGGGCAAGGGCAAGGGCAAGGGCGAGGCUGGGGGCAGUUAA